GGACCUACGUUGGUAGCAUCAGUCACAAUCGAAAGCUUCAAGCACAAUCAACCAAGUAAUAUAUAUCCAACCAAAAAGGGAAUCCCAAGAUGCGUUUAAUACUCUUUGCGCUGAUCGGCGUGCUCUGCCUCGCCUAUUGCUACGCCCUCGCCGAGGAGGAAGGCGCCCAGAUUGAUCUGCUCAACGUCGCCGAUCAAGGACAGGCCCAUGCCAACGAGGGCAACCGAGAGGCCCGUCAAUGGGGCGGCGGCUGGGGUGGACGCGGCGGCUGGGGCGGCGGCGGCUGGGGUGGACGCGGCGGCGGCUGGGGCGGUGGCGGCGGCGGCUGGGGCGGACGCGGCGGCUGGGGCGGCGGCGGCUGGGGUGGUCGCGGCGGCUGGGGCGGCGGCUGGGGACGAUAAGUUCUUGUGAAGCCA